GAUGAAGUGGGAUUUUGUGUUUCAUUUUCUUCGGAAAAAUAGUUAAAAUAAUACUUAAAAAUCAAAUCAUAAGUUAUGUUACUAUUUUAUUUAAAAACAAAACACCUUACUCCUUAUCAAAAUUUCAAAUUGAAAAAUCCACUGUGCAGCACUGGCUGGAACAGCUGUUUUGGCAGGCUUUCCAAGACGUGCACCUGAGUUGGUUACAUCCUCUCUGGAUUACCAUGAGCGGCGGGAUAAUGCUCCCAAGGUUGUGGCGUCACUGCGAUGCCGCCUUCCUGCCCCGGAUCAGACAGGCAUUGGCCAGCGCUGGCAUCCGGCGGCAGCUGGCCACAAUAAGUGCCGAGAAGAGCACGUCCGCCGACUUACGUGAGCGACAGCACUGCAAUGUGGGCACCAUCGGGCAUGUGGACCAUGGAAAAACCACACUGACCGCUGCCAUUACCAAGAUCCAGUCACAAAAGGGCCUGGCGGAGUACCUGUCCUACGACCAGAUCGAUCGAGCGCCCGAGGAGAAGGCACGCGGCAUCACCAUCAAUGCGUGUCACAUAGGCUACGCCACCAAGGAGCGCACCUAUGCCCACACCGACUGUCCGGGUCAUGCGGAUUACAUAAAGAACAUGAUCUCGGGAGCCUCGCAAAUGGAUGGCGCCAUCCUGGUGGUGGCCGCCACCGAUGGCCAGAUGCCACAGACCCGCGAACAUCUGCUGCUGGCCAAGCAGGUGGGCGUCAAUCGCAUUGUGGUCUUCAUAAACAAGGCCGAUUUGGUGGAUCAGGAGGUCCUAGAGCUGGUGGAGAUUGAGAUGCGUGAAAUGCUCAGUGACUUUGGCUUCGAUGGUGUCAACAGCCCAGUGAUUUGUGGCUCUGCCCUGCUGGCCCUACGCGAGGAUCAGUCCGAGUUCGGUGUGCCGUCCAUUGAGAAGCUGCUGGAACACUGCGACCAGUAUAUUCCAACGCCACAGCGUGACAAUGCCUCACCCUUCAUCCUGCCCAUAGACAAUGCUUUCACAGUGCCCGGCCGCGGUACUGUGGUUGUGGGCACCAUUAAACGAGGCACCAUAACACGAAAUGCCGAUGCCGAUCUUCUAGGCUUCAAUCAGAAUCUAAAGACGAGCGUAAGUGACAUUCAGAUAUUCCGGAAAAGUGUACCACAAGCUCUGGCCGGCGAAAAUGUGGGUGCUUUGCUGCGUGGCAUCAAGAUUUCGGCUGUGGAGCGUGGCAUGCUGCUGUGUGCCACGGGCAGCGAGGAUAUAUCCAAUCACUUUGAGGGCUCCAUGUAUCUGUUGUCCCGGGCCGAAGGCGGACGCACCAGGCCCAUGCUCUCCAAGUAUAUACAGCAGCUAUUUAGUCAGACGUGGAAUGUUCCAGCACGCAUAGAUAUAGUUCCCAGUGAAGCCAUGUUGAUGCCGGGCGAGCACUCCAAGGUGCGCGUGACUCUGCUAAGGAAAAUGGUGAUGACGCCAGGCCAGGCCUUUACCAUACGAGAGAAUGGAGCCACAGUGGCUACCGGAAUGAUAAAUAAACGCUUGUCCUCCCUGGAUUUGCCCAAAAAUAAGUUGUCCAAAGUCCUGGUGGAUUGUUAACUCGCAAAUACAUAUAUAUAUUUGUACAAAUUCAUUGUUUUUUUCGUUAAUAUAUUGUGUAUAUAAGUGUUUAAAGAUAUCUAUGGAUUUUGCUAAACAAUUUUUCAUCUACAAAUAACAAAAGUUGCCUAAACUAAAACAGAGAAUGAGAAUACAUAAAUAAUAGUGAAAGUGA